GGAAGUGUACCUUAUCAGUAGCUCCCUGCAUGUAGCAUGGGACAGAUUUUAAAGAAUGAUUAAUUAUUUGUCUGCUUAAAUUUAAUGCCAUUAUUUAAUGGUCAAAGAAACGGUCAUCUCGAGGUUUUCGUUAAGCUGAGGUUAGGAGCACCAUGGCUGGACACUUUCAUCUAAACACUCCUCUGCUGGAGAGCACUGGCAUGUCCAAACGAAUGGGCACCACUGUCUAUCUCAAGAUGGAGAACUCCCAGCCCGCUGGCUCCUUCAAGAUCCGGGGAAUUGGACACCUCUGCCAAAAGCUUGCCAGUCAGUCAAAAGGGUUGGUUUGCUCUUCAGGUGGUAAUGCAGGUAUGGCUACUGCUUAUGUGGCCAGAAAAAUGUGUGUACCAGCUAUAAUUAUAGUUCCUUCCUCUACUCCUCAACUGGUGGUCCAGCGACUGCAGGAUCAGGGGGCCACUGUUAGGAUAGUAGGCAAGGUAUGGGAUGAUGCCAAUACAGAAGCUCUUCGAUUGGCAGAUGUUGAGGGCCUCACAUAUGUUUCUCCUUUUGAUCAUCCACUUCUCUGGGAGGGCCAUGCCAGUGUGAUAACAGAGUUGGCCGGCUCCCUGGGGCAGGGGGUGAAGCCUGGAGCGGUGGUGGUGUCUGUGGGCGGAGGGGGGCUGCUGUGUGGAGUGGUCCAGGGGCUGAAGAGCGUGGGGUGGGCGGAUGUACCUGUCCUCGCCAUGGAGACUGUGGGAGCCGACUGUUUCAACGCUGCAGUUAAAGCGGGCAAAGUGGUCACCUUAGAUGACAUCACCAGUGAGGCAAAAUGUCUUGGAGCGAAGACAGUCAGUGAAAAAGCCUUUGAAUACAGCCAGUCCAAGGAACUUAACAUCAUUUCAGAAUUGGUCACAGAUCAGGAGGCCCUGCAUGCUGUUGAAACAUUUCUGGAUGAAGAGCGCGUGCUGGUGGAGAUGGCAUGUGGAGCUGCCCUUGCCUCUGUCUAUAGUGGGGUUAUACAGCGGCUACAAAAAGAGGGCCGCCUGCCUGUUUCUUUGGGUCCCGUGGUGAUCAUUGUGUGUGGAGGCAGCGGUGUGGACAUGCAGCAACUCUCCCAACUCAAGAAAAAACUUCAGGGAUAAUCCACCACAAUAUAUGCCCAAAAUACAAACAUAAAACAAACUAGCAAUGGAUCCAUGAAGGAUGUAAUGACACAGAUGAUAUAUAUUUUUUGUCACGUCACCUUCAACUGUAAUGACUUUAUUUGCCAGGCGAUGGUGCUAUUGUUCACUUUUGUGUAGCUGCUGUUGGAGGUUGUUUUCCACCUCUGAACACCUGCUAUUUGAGACCACAUAAUUUAUCAUGCUUAUAAUAGAAAUGUGUAAUUUUAGAAUGUGAUUAUUUUCUUUUUCCUAGUCCAGUGCCACAGUUCUUCAAAACAGUUCAGAAUUUAACAACAUAAUACCAGACCCAUAGUAUAAUUUUUCAUUAUUAUAGAUGCAUAUUCAGAUCUAAAAUGAAAUAUAAUUUUUAUGCUUACAUGAUGUGCUUUCACCCACAGCUGAAAUUUAUCAGUCCAGUCAACUUGUGUUGUGUGGGAAGCCAUUACUAUGGAAACGGCACUUCAGUUUUAUUCCUGUAACAUCAGUGUUUUUAUAAUCUUUGUGAUUUCCAUUUCAGACACUGGAAUAAAAAAUA